UCCGAAACUUGUCAGCUACCUUUGGACCCAUGGAGAGACUUGCCUUCCAACAUAAGACACACCUUUAGACUCAUUCUGUACAGCCUACCUGGACGAUCACAACAGUAAAACCAUCUGAACUUUGGGCCCAUUGACUUGAAGUAGGUAGUUGAGGAUAUCCACUUCUCUGUAUGGACAACUUCUUACCAGCAAUGAUUUUAAAUUUGAUUUAAUUACACCGGACCAGGGUUUAUACAUGGACAUCUAGCAUUGUCAGUAAAGACCGAGAAAAUGUACGGAACCGCAGCACCUUUUUCCUAUUCCCCAAGGGGUUUCGUGCCGGAGGAACAACCGUCAUUUAGGCGAGGUUUUCAACAGGAUGAACCCAGGAACUCACCAUUUCAGAGAAACAGUCCGUCCAGGCCCAGUGGCAAGGCAAUAUACUCCCAGCGAAAAGAGCACAUAGAAACACUGAACAAAGAAGACAACGUUCACUACAGAGUUGAGCACCUGUUUACCUGUGAAUUGAUCAGCCAUGAGGCUAACAGCCUGGAUGAGUGCAUCGCCAAGCUCAAGAACCUAGACGCCAAAGGCCGGAUAUGGCCGCAGGACAUGAUCCUAGACGUGCAGGGAGGAUACCUGCAGCUCAACGACAUCGAGACAAAGGCUGAGCUGGAGUCCCUCCCCCUGGCCUCCGUCCUCAAGACCAGCACCGUGCUGGACUGCUGCGCCUACAACUCCCUGCUGGCCGUGGUGGUGCAGCAGCGCUUCAGGAGGAGCACUCAGGUCUACAUCUUCCAAUGUGAAGAGGUCGGGGCCGAGUUCAUUAAGAGAGAUCUGGAUAAGGUCGUCCAAGGAGCGCCAGCUCUUGUGGACAACCAUAGCAACCAGUUGAACCUCCGCAACGACCGGGAGCACAUCCCUGCACCGUGGGUCCCAGGAGGCUCCAGCCCCCGGGCCGUGCUGGACCGCCCCCCCUCUCCCCUAGAAUACCGCCCCAGUGGCAGGGCCUUCGGUAGGAUCUGUUCUCAUGCAGCGGCGUUGGGAAAAGGCAGAUGUCGACCCGGAUUGAAGCCGUCCCCCGCCCCUCGGAGCUACGCCCCCGUGGACCCUCCCCCCGCCCCUCGGAGCUACGCCCCCGUGGACCCUCCGCCUGCCCCUCGGAGCUACGCCCCCCCACCGCAUGAGAGCCACUACAAUGCUGAGAUGGAAAUGGGCAGACAGGAGAGUCGGCCAAUGACAGAAUAUACCGACAUAGGGAGAGAUACGGAAAUCCUAAACCAUGUGUUCAUCGAUGUGGAGCUCUUCAUGGGGCUUCUAGCCGCUACAGUACUGCCCCAGGGCGAAAAUGGCAAGAAGAAGAAAGCUAUCUCAAAGAAGAAAUCCAAGACAAAAGGAGCCGGCAUACCACCUGCAGAUCAAUAUGUUGGAUAUCUUCAAAAAGUCAAGUAUGGCUUCAAUCUACUAGGUAAACUGAACGGGCACCUGACCAAUCCCAGUGCACCAGACUAUGUCCACAUCCUCUUCAGUACUCUUCGAAUCGUGGUCCCGCAGUAUGCCCCUGGCAUCUCCAUGAGAGUGGUCUCCCCCAUGCUGACAGAGCCGGCCCUGCAGCUCCUGGACCAGGAGACGAGUCCAGAGGAGGACCAGCUGUGGAGGUCCCUGGGAGAGUGCUGGAACCUCCCCAGGAACAAAUGGCCGCACGAAGUCCUGCCGUACAUGCCACAGUUUUCUGACGGUUGGCAGAUCCCGCCCCGGGCGACAUCUUCCCAGAUGGUGGCCCUCAACCGCAGCAACAGCCAGCGUUUCCCCCCUUCUCCCUCCAGCAACGGGCCCCCAUAUGACCCCCGGAGCAGCAGAGAAGAGCAGAGGAACGACAGCCACUGGGCCCCACCAUCACCACGCCAGAGCGGGCCGCCCCUGUACAUGCGGGUCAUCUAUGACUUUGUGGCAAGGAACAGCCAGGAGCUGAGUAUUCAGAAAGGAGACGUGGUCCAGGUGGUAGACAAGUCUAAACAGUGGUGGAUCGUCCGCAAUAAUCUCCAGGAGGAGGGACAUGUUCCCCAGAAUGUUCUGGAGCCCAUGAAUGAGUCAGUGCCCAUGGACAACCCACAGGGCUCCCGCGGCCGUGGUCCCCCGUUGGACCUGAUGUCCAGCCCUGCGGAUGUUCGAGCCUGGCUGGAUUACAAAGGCUUCUCCAAAAUGACGGUGCAGAGCAUCGGUGUGCUGAGCGGAAAACAGCUGCUGGGAUUGUCCCGCGAAAACCUACGGCUUGCCUGCCCCGAGGAAGGCGGCAAAAUGUUCUUCCAGCUGCAGCCCAUAAAGUCUGCCAUUGCACUUGCCUCCGAGCCCGGGUAUGGACCCUACAAUGGCCGUCACUAGUGACCAGUCUCCGAGUGCAUUAUAAUGGCGGUCGUAAUUAAACUGGUUCUAUUUAACUCAAUUGAUUACUGAUCAAAACCAACUUUUGUGCCAACAGAUGAUCGCUAAGAGGUUGAUUUUAUGUGCUGCAUUGAACUACUUCAAAUCAGUUAUACACUAAUUUUCCAACUGCAAUUAAGGCAUGAAUCAGACCUACCGAAUUUUUUAAAAUAUGAAGUAUAGCUGCAAAUUAUCUGUCAACCACCCAAUGUAUCAUUUACCUACCUCAUUUAAAAUCUAAUAAAUAAAUUCUAUCAAUUUUUUUUAUUUAAUCGAAAAUCAAGCAUUAAGAGUGAAUUACGUUGUCCAAUAAAAGCAACUCGCCGCAUAAAUGGAUAA